AUAGUUUCAGAUUGAAGUUUACAGCUCCAGCUGCACUUAACGCUCCAGGUUUUGCUUUAUUUUCCCUCUUUACAGUAUGUGCCUAUUCUACAGAUGCAAGCAUGACACAUGUAGCAUAUGUGCAGGUUUAGCAUGGUUGUAAGCAGGGGCAGACUAACAAUUUGGAAAUUUGGGCACUGCCCGAGGGCCCGGGAUGCCCCUGGUACCUUUUUCAUAGGCUUUUUUGAGUUUGGGCAAGGACACAGGGGCCCCAUGAUCCCCUAUUGCCCGGGG